AGGAAGGCAGAUGUCGAUGACGAGAUGGAGUUGCGGUGACGAUACUCCCACUCCGCAGUGGUCUCCUCCGAGUCUAGGCUGACCUACGAAGAUAGUCGUUCUUACCCCCAACCCACUUUCACAACUAGUAUCCCCACCACAGUGAACCUUCCUGCCGAAAGUUCACCCAAAAUCAGAUCAUUGAAGUAGACUAUCAUGCGCGUCUUAAUUCUGGGAGCAACAGGUGCUGCAGGUGUGCUUCUUAUCCAGGAAGCACUCGCAGCAUCGCACACCGUGGUUGUAUAUGCGCGCUCGCCAGAUAAACUCUCUGAGGACAUCAGAUAUGACCCCCGCGUCACAAUCCACAAGGGGGAGCUCGAUGACAGAGAGGCGCUUUCAUCCGCCAUAAUGAGCGUUGACGCCGUGCUGUCUGCUCUGGGGCCAUCGGUCUCGCGCGGACCUAUGCACCCGAAGGGCACACCUCUUGCGCGGGCAUAUUCUCUGAUCAUUGAACUUAUGAUAGGCCACCAUGUGCAUAGGCUACUGGCCCUUGGGACACCAAGCAUAACAGACCCGAACGACAAAUUCAGUCUGCGGAUGUCUAUAAUAGUUAAUGGCGUAGCCACCCUGGCACGUACAGCAUACGAAGAUGUUGUAGCCAUUGGUGAGACUAUUCGGACCCAAGGAAACGAUCUGGAUUGGACGAUUGUCCGUGUACCCCUGCUAAGCGGAGCAAAUGACAAGAAUGUUGUUGUAGGUUAUGUGGGAGACGGGAAAACAGGGAUAUGGGUAACAAGGGCAGGGUUUGCAUCAUUCGUUGUGCAAGAAUUAGAGAAAAAUGAGUGGGUGAAGAAGGCACCGUUGAUCACAUUGCCUUGACCCUAUGAAUCUUCAAUCUUUGCACGAUCAACGUAGGACUAUGCCAAUGAUCGCGUAACUUUGUAAAUCCA